UGACACCCCCAAUCCGCAGCUUUUUCACCCUCUUUUCCCUCAGACCCCCACCCGAGGAGGGGACAAGGACCCCCAGGUCACCCCAGCCAUGGCUGAGCAAGGGGACAGCUCGUGUGGGGCCCCCGAGGGGACACGGCCAGGAGCGACCCUGAGCGACAGCCUCGUCACCACCCUCAUCUGCUCCACAGGGGUGCUGCCCACCUCCACCCUCCGCUUGGAUCGGGAGAACAUCUCCUGCAUCGGGAAACUCCGGAGGAUGGCAGAGAUCCACAGCCUCUACCUGCAGCAGAACCAAAUUGAGAAGAUGGAGAAUUUGGAGUCUUUUCCCAACCUGAGGUUCCUCUGCCUGGCUGGGAACCGCAUCCAGAGGGUGGAAAACCUGCAGGCCCUGCCCCACCUGAGCGCCCUGGACCUGUCCCACAACCAGAUCCGGGUGUUGGACACAGAGGAGCUGCCCCGCAGCCUCCGGAUCCUCGACCUGGCCGGGAACGAGUGCAGCCGGCAGGACGGAUACAGGGAUCUGGUGGUGGCAGCCCUGCCCCACCUCCUGCAGCUGGAUUCCCAACCAAUCCAUGGAGACACGGCUCGGGAAGAGGCAGGAGGAGGCUCCUGCAGCAGCAGCAGCGAGGAGGAGGAGGAUGAGGAGGAUGAGGAGCUGUUCCCUGAGCUGAGGAUUCCCUUCACCGUGGACAAAGGUGCCCGGACGGGGACAGGACACGCGGCACUCUUGGUCUGGCAGUGCCACAUCUCCUGGAAUUCCCGUCCUGGCAGAUUUCCUGCUGGAUGUCACCGGGAGCUGGCCGGGCGGGCGCGGUGGAGGCGGAGGAAGAGCCUGGAGGAGCACCGGGCGCGGCUGGAGGAGCUGCAGGAGCUCCGGGCUCUGCUGCUGGAGCCGGGGCAGGGCCAGCUCUGUCCCCAAGGGGCACAGCUGUCACCUCUGCCAGCAUCCAGAGUGUCCCAGCGAGCUCCUGGCGCCAUCCAGCCCCCAGGCAAGGCUCUGGAGAAGGAGCCUGGUGCCAAAGGAGCGGGGAAUGGGCAGUUAUCCCAAAUAUCCUGCAGCAGCAGCAGCAAGGAAUAA